AUGGAGGCUAAGCCUCUGGGGUCCUACGAGAAGACUGGUAUCGAUGUCUUGAUUGUAGGCACUGGUCUGGCAGGGCUCGUUGCUGCACUCGAAUGCACACGCAAAGGACACAAUGUUCGCGUCCUGGAGAAGAACGCCGAUAUCAACACAGCUGGUGACAUGUAUUUCAUGGGUCUCAGCGCAACGCGCUUCCUGAAGCACUGGCCAGAGCUUCUCGAAGAGUACAAGAAAAUCUCACUUCAUAAUGCGUGGAUUGAGACAUUUAAGCACUCCGGCGAGGUUGUCAUCUCCCCGAAGAAGGUCGCCGACCGUCUGCGAGCGCAAGGGCUGGACCCGGACACUCCACCUGGCGAAUUUCAGAUGCGCCCACUUGUUUACCGCAUGUUCGUCAGCGCAGUAGAGAAGCUUGGUGUUUCGGUCGAGUUCAACUGCAAGAUCGUGGACUACUUUGAGGAUGAAUCGACUGGCAAGGGUGGGUGCACUACAGAAGAUGGAAAGCGAUACGAGGCCGAUAUCGUUAUCGCAGCUGAUGGUGUGGGAUCGAAGAGUCAGAAGUUGGUCGGUGGACAGGUGCGCGCACAGCCGUCUGGACGGGCUAUGUGGCGUGCUGCCUUCCCUAUCCAGGAGCUUGACAAAAAUCCGAAAGUCAAGGAAUUCUUCAAGAUGAUGCCCGGCAACGAGCCGAUCGUAAGGACAUGGCUGGGCCCAUCCACCUACGCUCUGACAUUGACUCGUGAGGAUGUCAUGGUUUGGAUCAUGAACCAUGAUGUCACCGGCACCGAGAAGGAGAGUUGGAACAAUACCGUCGAAAAGGACGAAGUCUUGGACGGCAUGGACAAGAUGCCGGGCAUGGAGAAAGUCAAGUGGGCACCCAUCUUCAAGGAGCUCGUCGAUGUCACACCGCCCAACACCAUCGUCAACUUCGAACUUCUCUGGAGAAACCCCCAGCCCGUGUGGGCAUCUCCUGCCGCCCGCGUUAUCCAGAUCGGUGACUCCGCGCACUCAUACCUUCCAGCUUCCGGCAACGGAGCCACACAGGCCAUCGAAGAUGCUAUUUCAAUCGCCUCUUGCCUACAGAUUGGUGGAAAAGAGAACAUUCCUCAGUCUGUUCGCGUGCAUCUCCGCUUCCGAUUCAUUCGCAACUCAUGCGCCCAAAAACUUGGGUUCUCCAACGCUGAGCUCCUCCAGGACACUGAUUGGGACAAGGUUAAGCUUGAUCCCCGCCGUGCCGCGCCUAAACUACCGAAGUGGGUGUGGUCGCACGACCCUGAGGCGUACGCAUACGAAAACUACCACAAGGCUGCCGAGAGCAUCAAGAAGGGUAUUGACAUGGCGGACGAGGACAGCUACGAGCCCAACUACCCCAAGGGUUACAAGUACGAGCCUUGGAGCAUCGAGAAGAUUAUGGAAGACAUGAGGGCUCAGAAGCCAAUCGAUCUCGGUCCAGGUGACUGGGAGUAA